AUGCUGUCGAAGAAUUCGGUGCAUGGUUCCAGCACGGACGAUGGGCGACGGCUCAGGGAUAAUGUCGCCGAUUUGUUAUUGACAGGGGCAGUGAGUGCCAAAAGAGCACGUUCCUUGUAUUCGGACAGUUUAACUCACGACCCUAGAGAAACUGUUGAGCUAGCUAAAGUAGCAGACAGCAGUCACGCUCAUCGCGAUCUCUUGCGAAAACUCAAGAAGGACAAGAAGUGGCCGGGUAUGUUCCAGGCGACUGUGCCACUUCUCAAUAGGGCAACUCAGGAGGCGGAAAUGGGCAAGAUCGAAGUUAUGUUGCCGCACGAGCUAGUGAAUGCCAUCAGCAUAUGGAACAGUCACGACGAUCACUUCUGGAAACUAGACAACUUAAGGGCAGCUUGCAAGCAGCACUUGGCGAAUGCAUCCAAAGAGUUGGGAUUUGGUGAAAACGAUCGCAUUAUUCCCAUUGGCAUAUGGCACGAUGGCAUACCGGUGAAGUACGACAGGUCAGAAUCACUCGAGGUCGUGACGAUGAAUUUUCCUCAUGUCGGGGGGGCUUGGGCUUCUAUGCGAAUUCCUUUAACAGCACUUUACAAAGGGCACAUGGUGAAGAAUUCCAGUCUUGACGGGAUUAUGCGAGUGCUUACAUGGUCGCUCACGUGCCUUGCCGAAGGUGUCUACCCUAGCCACGGUCCAGAUGGAGAAGAACUGACUGGUAAGAGAGCCAAGCUCGCAGGGAAGACCUUGCAAAAAGCUUUGCUAGUCGAAGUUCGCGGGGAUUGGUCUGCCUUUAAGUCAGCUUUUCGCCUCCCUGGGUGGGCGGAGCGAGUGAGCUGCUGCUACCGGUGCUCUGCCAACAAAGAGAAUUUCAUGGAUACCAGCAGCUCUGCCCCGUGGCGACAAUCACCACUAACACACUGGCAACUUGUCGCUAACAUAUAUGCAACAGAAGGAUCAUGCCCACCUUUGUUCGGAGCUCCAUGCUUCCGAACAGACAUUUUUGCCAUAGACUGGCUUCAUUGUUGUGAUCAGGGCGUGGCUGCUGAUUACUUGGGAUGCCUCAUGCAUACGAUCCUUAAGGAGAUACCGGGAAACGAGAAGCAGAAGCUGGCUGAACUGUUCAGGCAUGUGCAAGAUUUUUACAAAAGAAAUGGUACCGAGUCCAGGCUUGACCACCUCACUGCUGGAAUGGUCAAAAAGAAUAGUGCCGCCAGCCCAAAGUUGAGGUGCAAGGCCGGUGAAGCCCGGGGGCUCAUCCCUUGGAUUUCUGAUGCUUGUGCAAAGUUCCUCACUCAGGGGACUGCUGAGCAUCGAGCUGCAAUUGAUGCAGGCCGUUAUCUCCAAGAGUGCUACUCCUGUCUCAGUGUUGCUCAGUUUGAUAGGGACAAGCUGGCUGGUGCAUGCCGAAGGUUUUUGCUACUGUAUGCUAGCUUGGCUACCAUUUAUCCAGAUCAAUCGGUGUGGCGUUUCAAGCCUAAGAUGCACUUAUUUUUGCAUCUUUGUGAAGAGAGCUUAGACUCUCCGAGCCUCCAUUGGGUUUAUAGAGACGAAGAUUUUGGAGGAAGCCUGGCCCAUAUAGGGUCUCGGCGAGGAGGGAAAAACACCGCCAGCGCCGUGUCUCACCUUGUGCUACAGAUGUUCUAUGCCAAGAAUCCAAUCCCUCUCGUGGGGCAGUGA